GGGAGAUCAUCUUGUUGUUGAAGGCGAAAAUUUUCUCUGGAAAAAAAUUCAUGAGAGCACUAGCCUGUAUCCUCUGACAGCCAUGGACAUUCCGUUUCCUAGGCAGAUGGGUAGUAAGAGUACCCACGCACUGAUCCUCCAGCGACACCUUCACGAUCAGAUGAUGUCACAGUCGGAGUUCUGUGAUGUCACACUGGUAGUGGAGAAUGUGGAAAUCAAGGCCCACUGGUGUGUGUUGGUAUCCUGCCCUUACUUCCAGUCUCUCUAUGACAGUGGUCUUGUGGAAAGAUUUUCAGGGACAGUUCAGUUACACAUUGGAAAGCCCACAUCCGUCCGCUCGGCUUUAGAGUUCUUGUAUCUUGGUAAUGCGGAGAUCAGCUAUGAAAAUGUGCAGGAACUUUUAGAGGUGGCUGAUUAUUUCCAGAUCACAGAACUAAAAGGAGCAUGCCAAGACUACCUCUACUCCGUUAACAUCAACACUGACAAUUGUGUACGAAUAUGUCUCAUGUGUAGCCUGUAUGACCUUGACCUAUACACAAGGGCAUUCGAUUUCCUACGAGGAAAUCUACCAGAGGUCAUGCAGAAAGAAGAUAUAUUGUCAUUAACUCAUGAUUCUGUGAUGUCCCUUUUGUCCGACCCGUCUCUGUGUUAUGUGUCUCAGUCAGACUUUUUUCAAUUUAUUGUUCGUUGGGUGCAAUUUGAAGAGGAAAUUAGACUGACCUACUUUGAAGAACUGUUUUGUGCUCUGAACAUUCUCAGUAUUUCAAUGAAGUUCCUUGAUGAAGUAGUAGAGAAACACAAAUUUGUGAACAGCAGUGAAAAAUGUAGAGAUCUGGUGCUCAAUAUGAAAUCAAAAUAUAGUGCUGGACUUGUUGAAGAAGAUUCUGGAACCAGAGAUGUUAUCAUUGUGGCAGGGGGCUGUGGUCACGGACUGUACUUCAACAACCUCUUCCACCUAUUCCCAUUCUCGGAAAGUAUAUCUGUGAGUACUGUUUACGGGUUCAUUGUAAGUGAAGGACGAUGGAUAGAGUUAGCUCCCUUACCCGAGCAGAUGAGAAAGCCAGUGAUCACUUACGAUCCCAGAGGCUACCUGUAUGUGUUCAACACCUCUGAAUCAAACUACGACUCCAUUUUCAUCAUGUAUAAAUACAACAUCGAGGAGAAGACAUGGACAAGCUUUCGGCUCCAAAUACCAGACAGUAUUAAAAAUAUGUUCAUCCAGAAUAUAGUGUCGUGCAACAGUCGUCUGUAUGCAAUUAUCUCAGGUCACAUGCCCACACCAAACAGAACACCGCCAGUGGAGGAAUGGAAUACUGUCCUCCUUGAGGUUAAGGAAGACACAGAAAGUAUAGUUAAGUGCUAUCUGUUCAAGGGUAAUGCCACACACACACAGACCACUUCCCUGGAGGUCAGCAAUCGCCACGUCUGUGUACUGGCAUGGAAACAUGGUUCUAAGGGCAAGAAGAACCCUAGACCGAAAUUCAUCAUGUAUGAUACCGUCUACGAGAAAAGGAUCGACCACUCCAAAGGAGCCUAUUGGGAUAACAUAUUGGUCCCUGUUGAAAAUGACCUUCUUGCUUGUCGGAUGGGUAAAAUCACAGCAAAAAAGUUUUCCUUCAAUGAAAAACGAUGGAAAGCAGUCAAGUCACAAGUGAUCUCACAUUUACCAGAGGAUCCGACCCGCCAGGACUUCUCCUAUCACUCAGAUGGUGCUAACUUUUAUGUGUUUGGUGGAAAAGAUUCCUCGACAAAGAAACUUCUUGAUUCUGCUUUCAUGUUCAAUUUUGAGAGUAGAAAGUGGGCCAAGCUUGAGAACAUGCCACAGGCACUGAUGCAGAGUGCCACAUGCCAUGUGAAGAUGCCAGCAGACCAUGUUCGAUGCCACAUCAGCUGCCCACAUUGUGUUUACCACACACGUAAGAGUCAGGCAGUGUACGACGUCGAGUGUCCAUUUGAGGAGGGUGAUGAUGACACAGAUUGUGAUUAUUCAUACGACGACGAAGACGACUUCGCGUCGGAUCACUGGGAGGACUACUUCGACUAUUACGAUCCGUACCAGGACUGGUACUGACUUCCUCUCCUUACACUGAGAAUUGACUCCCUUCCUUACACCGUAAGGAUUGACUCCCCUCCUUACACCGUGAGAAUUGACUCCCCUCCUUACAAUGUGAGAAUUGACUCCCCUCCUUACACCGUAAGGAUUGACUCCCCUCAUAACACCGUGAGAAUCGACUCCCCUCCUUACAAUGUGAGGAUCAACUCCCCUCCUUACACUGUGAGGAUCGACUCCCCUCCUUACACUGUGAGGAUUGACUCCCCUCCUUACACUGUGAGGAUUGACUAUUACAAUCCGUACCAGGACUGGUACUAAUAAGUUGCUCCUGUACAUGUGCUUUACAUCGAUUUAAACUGUAUGAUAUAUGGUCAUAGUUACUUCAGACCAUUUGGUUAUUCCAAAUAUUUCAUUAACAGAUCUAGAUCAAAGAAUUUAGAUAUUCAGAGCUAUGAUUGUACUACAGGCCUUUUUGUCCAGCAAUUAACCAACCCAUGCUAGCUGUUUUCAGACAACUGUAAUUUACUGUUAUAUUAUAAGCCCACCCCCUGACUGAGUUAGAAGUUAUGUCGCCUGGUGUGAAUUACAGGAUAACUACGGUAUACUAAUUCUACUAUUGUUGCAUGAGAUAAAGGCUAAUACAGGGAAAUAAGAACACGAUAUGUCGCUCAUUUAUAAUUUAUGUUUUUACGUUUGUUCUUUUUUUUUCGCUGUUUGCAUUGAUACAUAUUGUGUCUGUCACAUCAAAUUUUCUUAAAUGUAAUUUAUUGAUAAAAAACUUUAUGAUACUGUAAUUCAGGAAUUGUUGUAAAAACUAUUGAACUAGUGGAGGUUUUUAUUCAUUAUAAACUCAUUUUCAAAUGUCCAUGUUUUUCAUUGUACAAUCUAGAUCUAUUAUGCCAAUUGAUGCACACAUUUUUAAAGCAACAAUCAUCUUUCUGAAAAGUGAAUUUUGUCAUAUAAGUACUGUCAAUGUGUGUCAUGUAAUUCUUUUUUCUAGUUUUGUUUUUAAAUUUCUUUCUUUUGUCCCUGAUUAUAUGGCUAAGCCUCUCUAGUCUCUAGAUCUAUUGUCAAGACUUUACUGUGACUUCUGUAUACAGAAUAUUAUCAGACUUUGAAAUACAAUUUCUCAGUCCAUAUAGAUGUCAACCAUCCCAGAUUACGCGGGAAUCGAAGGCACCGGAAAAUAACUUGCAGCAUAAUGCAUGCUAGUUAAUCCAGAGCCUUAACAAGGUGAAUAGCUAGCUUGUCAGAAUAACGGGGAAAAUUAGUUGUGUUGUAAAUCUAUCUUCAGGAUCCAUCCAUCUGUAAUCUUUUAAAAAAAAAGAUUUCAAAUACAAAUAUUUGCUGUGUUUUUAUAUGAUUCAAUGAUUUCCUCCAUUACAAGAAAUAAUAUAAAUUACAUUGAAGAACAAUUUUCUGUUCAUUAUCAUUUAGAAAGCAUUCUAAUUAGACAACUUUGAAGAUAUCAGAGGUGUUACGUUUUAACAAUCAUGAAUCGGCUUUUAGAAAAGUGAAGGUUGUGGUCACAUUCCUGACAGUACAUUUAGUUCCAGAAUGUUGAAAAAGUUGAUGAAACACUCAUUGUAGAAGUGUUUUAAGCAGUAUUAGAAGUAUAUUCUGUACUCUUAUGAUUCCACGCCAGUUUUCAUAUGUUAAUAAUAUAUAUAUAACCUUCAUUAAUUUCAGUAGUUAUGAAGUUUAAAUUUAUUUUCAUGUAAGAUUUAAAAAAUAUUAUUUCAUCAGUCGAUCUUCAUAAAGAUAAAACCCACUAAAAUGAUAUCCAUACAGAUUACUGAAGAUCUUUUCAUUUCAAAACAAUGGAAAAAAUGUGUUUAAAUAGGAAAAAAUAGUCUUCUGAGCCCUAGAACAAUUUGAAUAACUCAUUUUAGAUACCUCUGAACUAAACACCUUCAAGGAAUGUGAGACAAGUUAUCACGGGAAACUUGACGUAUUGACAAUGUAUAUAUUUUGAAUGUUUACAUUUUUGCAUAUUUGUGGUUUAUAUGUCGGUAUGACUUCAGAUCAUAGAGUGAUGUUAAUAAAAAAACAGGAAACAUCU